AUGUCCAUAUUAUCAAACUCUGGAGCCUCUCUGAUCGCACAGCUCGCAUCUCCGCCGAAUAUAUCUCUACAAUUACUCGGAACGCACACGGCAGGUGAACAGACCGAAGUCGAUUUUGAUCUUUGGAUUGAUUGUUCAAAGGAAGCAAAAAUCAAGUCUGGAGAAUUCCUGACGGGUAACGGAAGUGACCAUCGCUUUUGGGACCAGUCAGGAGAAUCCGAUGCAACUUUCUUGACGACAUCCUCUGGUUGGGUUAAAGAUUGGCUUGGUGACAACAACAAAGGAAGAAGCUGGACACUACGUAAAAUAGUUGGUUUACGCGAUGACGAUUCCACUGCUAUAAAAGCCCACGCAGAGGGCCUCGCACGCAGUGUCGCUUAUGGCGGAUCCAUCAUUGUUCAAAUGCACACAUCACCCGCUGAGGCUGAUGUCGCUGAAAACACCGCGGAGGUUCGAGCCGAAUGGAGUUUUGACUCCCCUUUCUUUUCCACAGAGAAACCAUGGAGCUUGUUAAUAAUGGAUGCAAUGGUCGACCGCAAAAGAGGGUUUAUCACUGUUGACGAGCCACGACCAUCCGAUGGAAGAUCAGCGUUUCGCAGGGCCAUGAAAUUUAACAACACUUCCAGGGUCAUAUCGGAGGUUAGAAAUGAUGAGGGGUUCACGCAUACUGUGCUACAAUUUUCGAAAUGGGGAUCUAAUACUUGA